AUGUUUGGAGCCGAUGCAACGAGUUUUGGGGGACAAGGUGGAAAUCCUUUCAGUGGAUCCUUUUUAGCAGCCUCUAUGGCGGAUAUGGGAAUAGAAAAUAUGGGAUUACUUGCAUUAAUGCAUUCUGCAAGUUCUGGAAAAAGUUCUUCUGCGGUAGACAUUGCUUCAGGUUCGUUAGGAAUAGGAGGUGGAGCUUCGACAUCAGCCGGAAGUUCUGUUGGCGGCGGAUUAUCUGUUGGUGCAGCUGGUGGCGCUGGAAGAGGCGGAGGUGGUGGAGCUGGAGGUGGAGGUUGGACUGGUGGUGCUGCUGGCGGCGGAGGUGGUGGAGUGGGAGGUGGAGGUUGGAUUACUGGGGGUGGAAGAAGUGGUGUAACUGGAAAUGGAGGUUGGACUGGUGGUGCUGCCGGGAGUGGCGGUGGAGGUUGGAUUGGUGGUGGUGCUGGAGGAGGAGGUGGUGGUGGAGCUGGUGGUGGAUCAGGAGGUUGGAUGGGUGGUGCAACUGGGGGUGGAAAAUGGACUGGUGGUGGAGUAGGUGGCGAAGGAUGGACUGGUGGUGCUUUAGGGGGUGGAGCUGGCGGAGCUGGAGGCGGAGGUUGGACUGGUGGUGGUGCUGGGGGAGGAGGUGGUGGUGGAGCUGGUGGUGGAUCAGGAGGUGGGAUGGGUGGUGCAAAUGGUGGUGGAAAAUGGACUGGUGGUGGAAUAGGUGGUGGAGGAUGGACUGGUGGUGCUUUAGGGGGUGGAGCUAGCGGAGCUGGAGGCGGAGGUUGGAAUGGUGGUUCAGCUGGUGUUGGAAUAGGAGGUGGAGGAUGGACUGGAGGUGCACAUGGUGGGGGAGCUGGUGGCGGAGGAUGGUUUGGAAGUGGAGCUGGGGGCGGGGGAUGGAAUGGCGGUGGAUCUGGGGGUGGACAAUUGACUGGUGUCAGAAGAGGCUGGAGGAAAGGCUUUGGACCAAGAAAACCAAUGCCGUUUCCUGAUUCAAAUAUUGUCGGACCAAGGAGUGCUAACUCGUUAUUGAACAAGUUGGUCCUCAGUGAGUUAUCUUCGACGAAAGGAGCAGAUCGUGGAGGUCAUGGAUCUAUAAAUUCUAACAUCAAUAUGAAUGCUGUAUUAUCUGCAAUAAUUGCAGCAGGUAGACAUGAUAGAGUAGCUUUGGAAAAUUAUCUUCAUGAUUUAAAGACGAGUAACAACGCUGCUAAUCAGCAAAACAUAGCAAGCAUUAUUUCAAGUCUUCAAAGUGUAAAAGGCAGAGACCAGCAACCAUCAAUAGUUUUGAUUGGAUUAGAUAGUUCUGGUAAAAUAAAUGCACAUGGUGGUCAUAGCAAAAUACAAGAUAGAAACUUUGACUCAAUGUCAAGAAGUAAAGGCACGUUACAGUCUAUGCUUGGUAUAGAUGGAGGAUUUGAUACUUUGCAUGGACAAAAGUCCAAAGACGUUAACUUGAAUAUAGUCGUAAAACAACAGAAUCCUCUUUCAAAACCAUCGAUACCAGACUUUCAUAGAGGAAAACAAAGUGGUAGCUUCUUUUCAUUUAAAAACAAUGACAUUGGUAGAUCAGACUUUGCACAUGGUGGUUUUGGACCAGGAAAACAGGGCAUGGUUGGACAAGGACCAGCUCGCUUUUCGUUCAAAGGGGCCACAGAUGCAAAUCAAGGAUUUGGAGGUUCAGUUGACAUGCGGUCUUUUUGGAAAGAUUCAGCAGGUGGAGGACAGCUUAAACCAAUACCCAAACUUGUAGCUCAAAAACAAAUGGCCCAUUUCAUGCAAGGAACAAACCGUGGCGACAUGUGGAAUCGAAUAGGAGGAAAUAAAGGUUAGAAAGAUUAAAAAGAAUUAUCAAGAUUGUCGGAUGUUAUAACGAGAUUAACAUUUACCAUAAAAUAUAAACGAAAAUGUGAAUACCAUGAGUAGAAGCUUGGUAGGUUUGUCGUAGAAAUGUAUGGCCAUUGGAAGAAGGACAUCAAUAGUACCUGUAACAAUGAGACAUAGAAUCUUCACAACAACUCAAUUGUCAUAUACACUGAAUCAAUUAUUAUUAUUUGCAUCUUUAAUUUGU